UCUCUGCUCCUGUACAGCCCGCCCCCAUCUUUACGGCAGGCCGCAUUCCACGCCUCCAAUAUGGUGUCCCCCAUUUAGGCAGGGGCAGUAGUUUCUACCCGGAUGGCCGGGGGCAGUGCUGAGCCGGUGCUAUUGUAUAUCUAGCCCAGGCUGCAGAGAGCUGCAGUUUAAGUUCCUUCUGGUCACGGCUCCAGGAACCCACCCUCCUCUGAGGGUCAACAGUCGCCGCUUCCAAGUAGUCCCUGCAAGUUCUUCCUCUGCCCCUGGUUUGUUCCCCGCGCCACCUCCGGACACCCCCAGGUCCCUGACACUCCCAGACCCAAACUAUGAGCCUUCGGCAGCGGCUUUUGCGCUUGUCCCGUUAUCUCGGGGCCUCGGGUCCCCCGCGUCGCCUGUGGUGGCCCCCGUCUCUCGACACAGUCUCUUCGGUGGGCUCCUGGCGUGGUCAGUUCUCCAGGUCCCCAGCCCACUGGAACCAAGUGGUGUCAGAAGCAGAGAAGAUCGUGGGCUAUCCCACGUCCUUCAUGAGCCUCCGCUGCCUGCUGAGCGACGAGCUCAGCAACAUCGCUAUGGAGGUGCGGAAGCUGGUGGGGACUCAGCACCCUCUGCUUACCACAGCCAGGGGGCUUGUGCACGACAGCCGGCAUAACCUCCAGUUGAGAGGCUUGGUGGUGCUACUUAUUUCUAAAGCAGCUGGGCCCAGCAGCGUGAAUGCUUCAUGUCAAAACUAUGACAUGGUCAGUGGGAUCUAUUCAUGUCAAAGAAGUUUGGCAGAGAUCACAGAACUUAUCCAUACUGCUCUCCUUGUGCAUCGUGGGAUAGUAAAUUUAAAUGAAUUGCAGUCUUCUGAUGGGCCACUGAAAGACAUGCAAUUUGGAAAUAAAAUAGCUAUCCUGAGUGGAGACUUUCUUCUAGCAAAUGCCUGCAAUGGACUAGCUCUACUACAGAACACCAAGGUUGUGGAACUUCUAGCAAGUGCCCUUAUGGACUUGGUACAAGGAGUAUACCAUGAAAAUUCUACUUCAGCAAAGGAAAAUUAUAUCACAGAUGAUAUUGGAAUAUCGACUUGGAAGGAGCAGACUUUUCUCUCUCAUGGUGCCUUAUUAGCAAAGAGCUGCCAAGCUGCAAUGGAAUUAGCAAACCAUGAUGCUGAGGUUCAGGAUAUGGCAUUUCAGUAUGGGAAGCACAUGGCCAUGAGUCAUAAGAUAAAUUCUGAUAUCCAGCCUUUUAUUAAAGAAAAGACCAGUGACUCCACGACUUUUAAUCUAAACUCAGCUCCUGUAGUCUUACAUCGGGAGUUUCUUGGAAGAGAUUUGUGGAUUAAGCAGAUUGGAGAGGCUCAAGAGAAAGGAAGAUUAGACUAUGCUAAGUUGCGAGAAACAAUCAAAGCUGGCAAAGGUGUGACUUCAGCUAUUGACCUGUGUCAUUACCAUGGAAACAAGGCACUGGAGGCCCUGGAGAGCUUUCCUCCCUCGGAGGCCAGAUCUGCUUUAGAAAACAUUGUGUUUGCUGUGACCAGAUUUUCGUGACACCAAAUUAAAAAGACACUAUUGUUCGUCAGCUGAAAAAACUGGGGAAUGAGGUGAUGGGGAGAGCUUUCAUGAUGAAAUAUGUAAAUGUGUUAAUGACUUUAAAAACAUACACUUUUUUUCCUUACCUUUAUUACAUUGCUAAAUGAAGACUGCCUUCUUUUGGGAACUGCUACAAACAAAAUUAGAAGAAAAAAAAUGUCAAGCAGUUUUCACUUGUCACGCCAGAAGCACACUUGAGGCUGCAGUAGCAGAAAUAAUUAAUGAGAUUCGCUCCUGUGACCUCAGCAAAUGGACAGGAAAUAAGUCCUUAUUGAUUGGACCGAGCAGGGAUGGCGCCAGGGCGGUGGCCUGUGGUUUUCCUUCUAGAGAGGACAGAGCAAGCUGGAAGCUGCAGGUGUCUAGAGAAACACUGUCAAUGCCAGUAAGGGAGGACUGUCAAAGCAAAAACUAGUGACCAAUUUGUCAUAACAGAGAGUAGUUCAGUGAUUAAGGAAAAAAUAUGCUUUGUCUUUUCGCAAUUGUGUCUCUGUAUUUAUAGAUACAGUAUAAAUAUACUUUGUGCUCUAUGGGUUUUGUAAGAAUUUUUUGGAAAAAUUGCUGAAAAAAUAAUGCCAAAUAUUUGAAGUAGGAGAUUAAAAUGUUAUCAAAUGUUAA